AUGGCAAAAUAUCCGUGUUUCUACUGUAGCUGCACAGAUCAUAAGGCAACGGCAUGCACGAGCUAUCCUACGUACAGCCAAAGAAUGGCAGAAAUUCAGAGACGAAAUCUUUGCCGAAACUGCGGCGCUUCUAACCACCAGACUGCAGCUUGUCCAUGCGGACCAUGCAGGAACUGCGGGAAACAAGGUCAUCAUACGUCAAUAUGUCGACAGUUGGAAAAGAAAGAAAGAGGAACGCAGCAAGCGCAAUCAGAUUCCAAGCCAAAAACCCAGGAGACAAAGAAGACACAAAGGAAACAUACCACGACUAGUGUCGUUACGGUUGUCACACAGCCUCCUUCUUGCAAGCUUGGACAAGACACAGUCCUGCACACUUCAAUACGUCAGCCAAAACUAGUUAACGUAGGAAAAGUGGAUCUACUCGUACUCGUAUACAUGAUCCUGGACACAGGAGCAGAUCGGUCUUUUAUCACAGCAACCUAUGCAGAGCAGCUCGGGUUAGAUGAAACUGGAACCUCACAGUUGAAGAUCCGUACAUUUGGAAGCGAUACUCCAAUCGAGAAAUGCUGUACUACGACAUGUAUCCAAAUUGAGGAUAGAAGAGGAAUCCGACAUAACAUCACGGUUGCCAUGGUCGACUUCAUUUCAGGAGAACUCCAAAGGACUCCGCUUGACGAAGCAGACCGCAACUAUCUUUCACAACACGAUAUCAGCCUAUCAAUUCCCAAUCGUGUCCGAAAGGUGGCCCCACAAAUCCUCAUUGGAUGCGGAGACCUCUUUGACCUUUUCGAUGACGGAUUCGCCAGUACUCACGAACUUCCAUCAGUUCUCCACUCAAAGAUUGGAUAUCUUGUAACUGGCCGUAAUCGAAAUACAACGGAAGAACCCCGUACGCAAGUAAAUAACCUAUGUACAGUUCAGAGCGAGGAUCUUAACGAUGAACUCAGUAAGUGGGACAAGUUUUGGACCCUCGAUUCAGCCGGAAUCGGCGAAUAUAUGGGACCCAAAUCCCAAGAGAUUGAAGAACAGAACCAGAAGAUCUGGAGUCAGUUCCGCGAAACCGCACAGUACUCCGACAAUAAAUACUUCGUCCGACUUCCUUGGAAAGCUCCAACAGACGAUCUUCCUGGUAACCGUGCGAUCGCGCCUAACCGAUUGCGAAGCGUUAUAACAAAACUUAAGGAACCUCAUCUUUUGUCACAGUACCACAGCACGUUUCAAGAGCAACUAUCAAAAGGAAUCAUAGAGGAAGUCGACGAGAACAGGGAACCGGAUGGACCAGUGAUUCAUUACUUAGCACACCAGCCAGUGGUGACACCCCAUAAAGAUACCACAAAACUGCGAGCAGUCUUUGACGGGUCCGCGCAUUACAAAAAUGCCCCGUGCCUGAAUGACAAGUUGCAUCAAAGCCCAGUAAUCCUGCCAUCACUCGUCGACAUACUGAACAGAUUCCGCAUAGGAAAUAUCGCAAUUGUCAGUGACGUCGAGAAAGCUUUCUUACAAGUCCAUCUCCAAGCGAUCGAUAGAAACGCAACCCGCUGCAUAUGGGUCAAGGACAUCGACAAACCACUCAACAGAGCCAACAUAGUUACCUACCGAUUUACACGAGUCACGUUCGGGCUAAACUGCUCACCGUUCCUAUUAGGAGCAACCAUAAAGCAACACCUGGAACGCACACAUAAUUUUGGUGAUCGCGAAAUCGCGAAAUCGCCAACUGCAUUCAAGACAAUGUCUAUGUGGACAACGUCAUUUUCACAGCCGACACAUCACAAAAUGCAAUCGAUCGAUGUCUCCGCGCAAGACAACUAUUUGCAGAGAUAA